AUGAGGGGAGCCUUGGAGAAACUGUCUUCACAUGAGUUGAACGACACAUUUCCAAAAUGGUUAGGAACUCUGCCGAAUUUGAAACUUCUAAUCUUGAGAUCAAAUAAGUUGCAUGGUCCUAUCAAAGCUUCAAAGAACAAAAAGUUGUUUGCGCAACUUCAAAUUAUGGAUCUCUCAUCUAAUGUGUUUACUGGGAAUUUACCAACAAGUCUUUUUGAGAAUUUCCAAGCCAUGAAGAUAAUCGAUGAGAACGUGAGAGACCCUUGUGAAGGUUUGAUUCCAAGUAUUAUUGGAGAUCACGCUGCACUCCGCACGUUGAACGUAUCUCAUAAUCACUUGGAAGGUCGUAUACCAGCAUCACUGCACCAGCUAUCUGUACUUGAAUCAUUGAAUCUCUCAUUUAACAAAAUAGGUGGAGGGAUACCUCAAGAACUUGCAUUUCUCACAUCACUUGAAGUUCUAAAUCUCUCUCACAGUCAUCUCAUUGGAUGCAUCCCCAAAGGAAAACAAUUUGAUACGUUUGAGAAGAGUUCAUACCAAGGGAACAAUGGAUUACAUGGAUUUCCACUAAGUAAAGAUUGUGGAGGUGAUGAUGGCGUACCACAAAAGAUAACUCCAGUUGAACUGGACGAAGAAGCCGAAGAAGAAGAAGAAGACGAAGAAGAAGAAGCCGAAGAAGAAGAAGAAGAAGAUGAUUCACCAAUGAUCAGUUGGCAAGUGGUUCUCAUUGGUUAUGGUUGUGGAUUUAUCAGUGUACUGGCCAUAAUAUACAUAAUGUUGUCAACACAAACUCCAGCAUGGUUUUCAAGGAUGGUUGACGAAUUGGAAUACAAAAUUAUUACGAGAAUGCAAAAGCACAAGAAAAGAUAUUAGUGCAUGACCGCUAGGCAUUCAACUUGAUCAUUAUGCAAAUUGUUUUGAUUUGACUUAGCUAUCAGCAUUUUCAUUUGAUCAUCACUUGUCAUGCUACCAAUUUACAUAUGCGCGAGAGAAGAAGGCAUUUUCUUAAAUCUUUUUGUCGACUUAUUGCUAAGCGUAAACCAUUCCACUAUGUGUCUAACUUUAAUUCUUUUUUUUUUUUCUUUUUGGAAACUGCAGGUUCCAAGUCUACUGAGUAGAUGGAAUGCAAAUACAAGCUUUUAUUUUCAUAGUUUCUGAUGUUUCAACUUAGAUUUUUACUACUACCUGUUAUUGUAUUAUCUUUGUUUUUGUUUUUCUGAUUGUUGCUACUGCCUUAUUUUACAUUUUUCCUUGAGUCGAGGAUCUAUUGGAAACAGCCUCUCUACCUUCAGGGUAGGGUAAGGUCUGCGUACGCACGAUCCUCUCUAGACCCAACCAUAGGAUUACACUGGAUUUCUUCUUGUUAGUAUCUGAUGUAUCAUGAAGUGUUUGUUAGCCUAUGAAGAACGUCACGAGUUUUCUUCCUUUGUGACCCAACCAAAUUUUCUUUUUAUUUGUUAAUAUGUAGAAAUAAAUUCAGUCUAAUAAAUUCAGCAUAUUACUGAUAAACAGAAAUUUGGACAGAAUUUGAAUCCUCAGAUCAUUCAAUCAAUUUCCUAACAAAACCUACAGCUUCUCAUAUCGUCAUCAAACUACUUGAAUUGGACGAACUGCGCCAUCCUGGAUAUCCUCACUUCCAUCACUAAGCUUUGAGGACUAUAACGAUGUGUUUCAUCUUCAUUGAAAAAUAGCAUUAAAUUUAUACUCCAAGAAGACAAGAACAACAGACUCACACUCACCUAGUUGGACUUCAUGAAUCAGUGGUAUAUGAAGAACAUGAUGCCACGUCUCGGCUCCUGCACUGUCUUCUAUCAGUCGGUACAUUCUCGUGGGAAAUUGGCUAACGCUGGCGCGCACUAUGUAAGGUGCUGUAUUCAUAGUAGCUAUACAUCCCAACCUUAA